AGAUGCUAGAGUGAAUUUUAACAAAGGGAAACCUGAAAACAGAAAAUUACAGCUUGGAAAAGCAUCAUAAAACGAGUGAAUAGUCAGUCAAAAUGUGGGUAUGGAUAGAGUGACCAUUAUAAUGUACUGUUGCAUGGCCAAGGUGUUUAAUACUCUUUUCUAUUUUCCCUUUGAUAGAUUCAUAAUAAGGAAGAUGUUAACCAUUGUGACCAUAGUGGUGCUUUUAUUUCUACAGAUGAAGGCAAGUAGUGCCAAAAUGAUAACACAGCAAGGAGAUAUUUGUUUAAAUAGUUAUUCUUGGAGCGUGAGAGUGAUUGAUCAACAAUUCAUGUACCAGUACACUAUAACAGAUUCCUCACAUCACUGUUUAGAUACCUGUCAGACGGAAGGCAAUACUCCAAGUCCAGACAUAGAAUAUGCAGAACAGGUCUAUGAAGUGAACACUGACUUUUAUGGAUCCAUUGAUGAUAAUGGUGACGUCAUCACUUGUCUGAAUAUCACAUUUGAAGUCAGACGCCAUAGUGCUUCCAAUCUAGAAGGAUUGAUAUUCACACUGGAAGAUCAUUGGAAUGGUGGCUACAAAGAGUGCUAUAGAUUGAAUUUUACAUCAGGAUUGAACCGUUUGUCUGUUUAUGACUCUACAGCUCCAAAUAAAAAUAGGAUUUUUCAUUUCGACUGUUUCUGUGAUUUGAAGAUAAGUGAUGAUGGACCAAAUGAGUAUACUUUAAAAAUCCGUUCUCUACCAUACCAAUCUCAAGACUGUACCUUAAUAGACGAUCAGACUGUCACAAUGCAAGUAAGAGUACCUGUUUGCAACGAUCCUGCUAGAACAUGGACAGAUAAAUAUUGUGAAAUGAUUCCAAGAGAAGAAUGGACCCCAUCUAUUGACUUUUACCAAGCCAUUCCAGAAUAUAAUACCUUCAGACUGACAUUUACGCCCGCACCUGCUAGUUAUUCAAUAAAUCUAUACAGGAUUUAUAUAUACAGCUUGAUGGGGAAUAUCUUCAUCGACGGACAUAUCAUCUACGCGGAUGAUAUGAUUUUAACUCCUGUUGAGGUUAAUGGCGUUGUUGUGAAUACUACAUCCAUCGACUACGAGAUCAAUGCCAACCCAGGAGAUACUAUUACUGUAAUGAUUAUAACAGGAAAGGACAGCCAGGAAGAGAUGCGUACGAGUGGUCCAAAUGUAGUAUUUCAAGGGAACCCUUGUGAAACACAUUUUUGUGAACCUCUUGGAUCAUGCAUUCCUCGUGGUGAUGACUACGUGUGCCAUUGCAUGGAAGGGACUGUUCAAGUAAACAACCACACUUGUAUUCAAAAUCCUUGUAAGGUCAAUACGUGUGGACCUCUUGGAUCUUGUAUUCCUUCUGGUCAAGAUUAUCAUUGCAAGUGCCAGGAGGGAUCUCUUAACAUCAACAACCACACUUGUAUCCGGGACACCUGUGAAUCCAUAUCUUGUGAACCUUUUGGCUCCUGUAUACCCCUCGGUGAUGACUACUUUUGUCAAUGUCAGGAAGGAACAUUCAACUUGAAUAACCAUACAUGUGUCCAAUCCAUUGAUGAUAGCAAUAUAUGGAAAGGGGUCACUGGUGCUGCUGUUAUAGGUGCUCUGUUGGUCAUCAUAAUUCUGGCGAUUUGUCUUUGUUGUAAAAGAAUUAAAGAACAUCAGGAUCAACGCUCCAGAUCUUGUUCAAGCUUGGGUUCUGAUGAUAUCCUCUUUGCCUUUUCCGAAGAAAACUGUCAGUUUGUAAAUCUUGUUGAGAUGUUGGCAAGAUUACUAAGAACCCGUGGUGAUAUCAGUCUAGUUCUUCCAACGCAGAAUACGCAAGGAAUGACUGAUCACGAGCGGGAGCAGUGGCUUGAAAGCGCUUCAGUUAAAGCCAAGAAGAUAAUCUGGAUAUGUUCUACAGAGACAUCAGAAACAGUACACUCUAAUAAUUUUGAAAAACUAUUAAAACUUACAGAGAGUGAACGGCAAAGGGGAAAAGACAGGCAUUUAGUGUGUUUCUUUUCGAAGGUGUGUUCGGAAUGGAACAUACCAUGUAAAUUACGAGAAUUUCGAACAUACAGUUUGUUAGAAGACCUGGAUUUAAUGUGGUUUAAUUUACAGGAUAUUGAGAAACCUACAUCGCUUUCCAGUUAUAACAUACUUUUACCAGGACGUGAACCAUGUACAGAAAGAACAGAAUUAAUAUGUGCCUUAGAAAGCUGGUCAGGAAAUUACCAUGGAGAAUCACAAGACUCUGGAUUUCCUAUUGAGUUCGUGAAUGUGGAUAGAGACGAGGCUACAGGGGGAAUUGAUUUGAAUGAACUUAUUUUACAUGAUGGUGAAUCUGACAGUGACAAUCACGACAGUGCUUUUGAUGAUUAUUCAUCUAGGGGCAAUCAUUACAUGCAAUAUAGGAAAAUGCAUUCAACGGUUAUAGAGGGAUACUCAAGUACCUAUUGUUAGUGUUAGAAGAUUGAUUUCGCCUAUAUAAAUGCAGAAAGGAGGAUAUUAGAAAAAAUACAUUAUUACACGAAUGGUUGAUUAAUAAGUCGAAUUUCAAGGAGAAAUUUUAUACUUUCGUCAUUAUCGUUAUUAUCAUUAUUAUUACUAUUGUUAUUAUUAGUAGUAAUAUUAUAUUUUUGUAUUAUCAUUAACAUCAUCGUCAUUAUAAUUAUUAACAUUAUUACUAUUACUUCUACGACUAAUACUAUUUUCAUAACGUCUUCUCUUUGUUUUUAUCAGCUCUCUCAAAAUGUACAUUUUACACUAAUUAUAUAUAACACACAGUCAAUGGGAGGCAACACAGAGUGUCUGUCAGUUGCCCCCCCCCCCCUUACGUGAAUCAUGAAAAAAUAAAUCCUAGAAAUCCUAAUAAUUUUAUUGCAAAAUACAUUUUUAAGCCUUCCGAAACGUCAGGUGCUACAUUUUUAGUUGAAAUCGAAUGCAAACUAACAAAAUAACAGGAUUUUUUAUAACAGGUUGAAUGCAUUAUUUUUUCAUGUAUUAUUUUGAUUAAGAGCAGAGCAAUAACCAGUAGGCUUAUUGAGCAAAUCAACCCCAUGACUUCUUAAAACUCUGAAAUGGUUAAUAUUAAAAAGGUAUUGCCACUAAAUCUCUCUUUAAUGAUUUUAUCAUUGAAGUCUCAAUUAUCUCAUCCUAUUGGCAUUGCUAUUUUAAGGAACAUAUAGUACAUUUCUACUUACAAAGAAAUAUAUAGUUAAGAACGGAUCGGGAAACGAAAGAAGGCUCCCCCCCCAAAAAAAGGAGUUUGUAUAGGGUGCAGCCUCGUGUUCAAAAUAUUCCAAUACAUGCAUUAUUAAACUAGUACAGACUAAGAAAAAUCAUAUACGCAAUUACAAUAAGACUGCAACUUAGGCACAACACCGAUUAUACAGUGCGUAUCAAAAAAAGUUUACACUUUGAAAAAAUCCUGUAAAAUUAUACAUUUGUAA